AUGGACUUGGAGCUGCUUAACUGCAGUAUCUGCCCCAAACAGCCUUCCUUCAGCGACACCUCACAUUUACUUACCCACGUCAGUUCCAAAGGUCAUCUGUCCCACCUGCACAAACUCCAAGUCCGAAGUCACCAGGAAAUUGCGGCCGGCGUACAGUUGGCAACGUACAAUCAAUGGUAUCAGCAACAUGGCCUCGGCCAACUGCUCUCGGAGCGUAUGAUAAUGAAGGAGGCCAAGAAGGCGGGUAGAAGGAAGAACGCAGCACGAAGAGGUGCAUAUGUGACGCAGCGAAGCCCACUUGCCCACGCAGCAUCGGAGCAACCAGCGCCACUGAAGAAAAUAGCCAAACCCCGGAAACAGGUGCAGCGGAAACAACCUCGAGGCAGAUAUGGCAGACAUGCAAUCGAUGAUGAUAGCGACCUCGAUUUCAGCCCCGUCAAGAGAUCAAGACCUAGAUUACGUCAACAUCAGGCCGUCUCUCCUGUCGGACCCUCUCCAUCCUCUGACGCUCGUCCUCCUUCUGACGAUGAUGGGCGGACCGGGGAGGGAUCCCGCCUCCUUGUGACCCCAGAACACAGCAAGCUAAAGGGCACAGUCUGGCCAGGCAUGGAUUUGUUUGAUGCCGCCUCGGAUGAGAUGAGAAGGAAACGGAAUCAAAAGAAGGAUGGGUCCGUGUUGAGACGCAUGGAACGGCUGUCUGCUCUGGUGGAACCCAGAGAAGUGGUCUACUCUCCCGGCGGACGCAUCAAAAAGGCGCGACACAUUGACGAGCUCGAAGAUGCAAGCAGUCUCGUCGAUGGGGAAUCUCCCUUACCAAAGAUGAAACAAGCCCGCCCCCGGAAGAGACAGCCAAUGGCAGACAAGGACGUCAACGCACCCCGGCUGGUGAGGCGCAAGUCCAAAGGUCAUACCACGAAGAAACAGGCCGAGCUACCGUUCAUGCACGGACUACCACCGCUGCCAUACUUGCCCAGCUCUUCGACUGGGGACUCAUAUGCCCUUGGCUCCCGCCUUCUUACGACUGAGGAGGACGAAGACGAGUUCAAACCAGCUGUCGCCGUCCGGCCUUCUCGAAAGCGGCCGGCCCCUUUCACGAUCUUUGAUGACGGAAGUCCUGGCUACGCAGGUGAAACCUUCGUGGAAGAAGGGCGACAUCAUCUUCACGCUGACCAUCAAACCUACUCAAGAACUUCACGUACAUCACUACCUGCCGUCUCUGCGCCUUGGCUUCAACCGCAGUAUCAAUCAGCCUGGCAAUAUACUAACCCCUACACAUCGUAUCGACCGGAUCAACGCGAGUAUCAUGGCUCCUACGAUGCAAUCGAUGCUAAAGAGGACGUUCCUCCGCUACCCGAGCCCACUCCCGAGUUCCCAGGGCUGAGCACCAACCCGCUCGCAUGGAAAUCUCCUGAUCGAGAUGCGAUGGUGCCAAUGCUGCCAUCGGAAUCCCCUUUCAGCAGUUUCUUUGGACUAUUCCCCGGUGGCAUGCCAUGCGACGACCCAUUUGUGACGACCAAAAACCCCUUGAUCGCUGCCUUGGAGCACUUGGAAGGAGAACAAGACCGGGCAAUGACGAGAGCAACCUCAAAGUCACCCGCAGAUGCAGUGUCGCGUGAGGAUGGUGGUGGCAAGCACCCUGCCCGAGCCCUAUCAGCCCCACUUACAUGA